CCGGGUGGACCAGAGGAACCAGGAUGACUGCGCUGCCGUUCCCCUGUCCUGUACAUCUGGGUGUUGUUACCACUGGAGGCGUGCACGCUCAACUGCACAAAUACACUUUGGAGAGAAAUCUGACCAAGUUGGAGAAACUGCUGAAUCAAGGUGUUGAUGUGAACUGUGAGAAUCACUUGGGUCAGACUGCUCUGUUCUGUGCUGCUCUGUUGGGACAAGUGAAGGUGACGGAGCUGCUCCUUCAUUAUGGAGCUGAUCCCAACCAUCGCUGUGAGGACCAGAGCACCCCGGUUCAUGCAGGCGUAUUCUCCGGUAACCCGUCGGUGGUGAGCGGCCUGCUGGAUGCUGGAGGAGAUCUAAGACUCCAUGAUGGGGAAGGCAGGACGCCCUUUGACUGGCUCAGGGCCGUGAAGCAGGACGGCGGCGCCAAGAUGCAGGACUUCCUGGAGAGCUGCAUGUCCUCUAUGCAGCAGCUGUGUCAGAGCCGGAGCCCGACCCACACGUCCACCUCCACCUUGUUGCACCCGCUAUCUCUGCUGGAUCGCAUAAAAGCACGUGGAACUGAUGUGCAGUUCAACAAGAGGACGAACAGCAGGUCUUCCUGUACAACAGCCCUCUGUUUAGGCUUUGGAAAGGUGUGUGUUAACCAGCGAGGCCAGAUGUUGGCUGUUCCAGCAUCUGUUCCACUGAUCAGAGACAGAGAUCUGAGCCCGGCUGAUGAUGAACCUCUGCUCUCCUUCACCUCUGGCUCGUUGACCUCCAUCACCAGGUCCAGCUGGAGGGGCUCCAGAGUCUCAGUAAAGACAACGAGGGGCCGUCAGACAGCCCAUCUGGACCUGCUGCUCAUAGAACAAGACUACUGCAGCCAGCUGUUACACCCCCAGCUGCUGCAGCUGAUGGCAGUGAGUCUGUCCGACGACCUCCACAGGACCAGUCUGGUGUUUGAGCCGGUGGACGUCGGCACGCUGCACAACCUGCUGCACCACAGGCGUGCAGAGUUCCCGGUGCUGCAGGACAGCUGGCUGCUGUCGGUGAUGCUGCAGGUCUGUGAAGGUCUGCAGUACAUCCACAGCGGAGGCCUGGUGAUGAGGAGCCUGUCCUCCUACAGCGUGGUCCUCACCAAGUUCACCGUAGCCAAACUGACUGGUCUAGGCUUCAUGGUCCCCAGCAGACAAAGUGCAUGUGUCAGACCCCCCGUGCACAUCGUCCUGCCCCCCAGCCUUUACAGAUGGGCUGCUCCAGAGGUCAUCAGACAGCGACCGUGCACGGAGCAGGCUGACGUCUACAGUCUGUGUGCUCUGAUCCAGGAGCUCUACACAGAUGAUGAGCCGUGGGGCACGGUGGACCCGGACGGGAUCAAACAGGUGCUGGAUGCAGGCCGGGCCCUGGCAGCAGACAGCAGCGUCCCACAGCCGUACUAUGAUGUGGUCCUGAAGGGCCUACGGCUGCAGCCUCAGGACCGCACCUGCAGCCUGCAGAACCUGAGCUACACCUUACAACAGGACAUCAAGAGGUUCUCCCUGGAGGAGCAGCUGAGCGGCGGGCCGGAGGUCCAGACCACAGCACAGCACACCAGUGUUGGGGAACCAGUACAGAGCGGUACUGAGCACAACACACAAACAGUUGUCCAGAGAAGCAUCAGGCCAGCUGUAAUGAAGGCAGACACAGUAGUAGAGAGACAGGUCCACCUGGACAGACGGCUGUACAGAGGAGCAGAGCCGGAGCUGGGGAGGGACAGAGACGAGUAUACGGUGGGAGGAUCACCGCUCCACCAUGUGUAUACAGCUACACCAUCUUACACAGACGUGCGUCCUCUGCUCGGUGAGUUUGCCUCAGUGAGUGUUGAGGAGGAACCUGAACCAGAGGCAGACACAGACCGGGAGCUGGUGGAGCAGCUGGAAGACCUGGAGCUGUCCAGAAGAACAAUGGAUCAGCAGAUCAGCACCAUCGCUGUCAACCUCAAAGUGUCCCGGGAGCUGCUGCGGGAGGCCACCAGGAGCCUGGACACAGUGGAGAACCCCCCCCAGCUGGACCACAGAGGGGAGGAGCAGCUGGACUCAGUGACCGGGCUCAGAGACGCUCCCUCCUAUAUCUACACCGACUCCCCCCGUGCCUCCUCCGUCUCCUCCUUCUCUCUGUCCUCUACAGAUCUCUCAGGAGUCAGUGCUGCUGUCGGACCACGUUCAAAGCAGUACAGUCUGGUACCACACCGGGGGGAGGACUGGGGGAAGAACCUGGAGGCCCAGCUCCUCAGCAGAGUCUGGGAGCUGCUGAGCCAGGAGGAGCUGGCUUUAUGGCUGAAUCACUAUCCGGCUGAAGAGCAGCGGCAUGAGGAGGAGGAGGGCCGGUCGCUGCCUCUCCUCUCCUCAGGAUGCUCCAUGACAGAGAGACGGUCAGAGGGAGCUGAUCUCAGCACCGAGGAGCUGAGCCGGUACACAUCAGCUCUGGACCGCAGCCUGCUCCACAUCCUCCCUGAGGAGCAGCAGACAUCCAGUUCACCAGAAGAUGCAGACGUUACGAUGGAGGUGUGCAGACCAGCAGCUACUGGCAGUCUGCUGCUGGAUCCUCACAACUCCAUUUCUCUGUUUUCUUCCCCAGAAUAUGAGAGCUGUCCAAUCACCUCGGAGAAAACAGACCCUGAUCCUGAUGCUCAGUAUACACCCAACACUAACCUGGCUCGGUUAGACAUGGCUCUGCUGGCUGAACUCUCCAGCAUCACUUCCUCUCCAGCUCAGCCUCAGGAGAAACUCCACGGUGUCUCUGUGAACGGACGAGCCCCCCCCUGUAACAGCACCCCACGUAGUCCAGACGCACGCCGGCGUGUGAUGACGGGUAUCGGUGAGACCAACCUCCCAGAAUCCCCGGUGUGCAGCCGCCUCAGCUCUGAGAGCUUCACCACACCAACAGAGAGCUCAGUAAAGCCUCCACCGCUCAAGGAAGACUCUGCCAGCAGUCCUGAGGGCUUCAUCACAGCCUGCCAGGAGGAAGGGCUGUUAGGUACCGCAUCUCCCAGCUUCACUGAGGAAGAGGAAGGGCUGUUAGGUACCGCAUCUCCCAGCUUCACUGAGGAAGGAGGAGAGGAAGAGGAAGGAGAGGGAGCAGGAGCAUCUGAACAGGAGCAGAGUGAAGAGAGAACCAGUCAACCAAGGGUUUAUGUGGAGGAGGAAGAGGAGGAGGAGGAGGAGGACGGGGCAAAAGAGGAGUUCGAGGAAACGGAGAAAAGAUUACAGAUGGAGUGCAUUAAAGGAGAAGAAAACGUGGAAGAGGAGGAGGAGGAGGAGGAGGAGGGAGGAAAGCAUGUUGACGGAGGCAGUGAGGAUGAAGAGCGUGGCUGGUGUGACCUGCAGAGAGAUGCUGGGUCAGAGGUGGAGGAAGAGGAGGAUGAAGAAGGUGAUACUGAUGACAGGAGGAAGGGUGAAGGAACAGGAGACAACGCCUCGGUUCAGAUCAGUGAGCUCGGUGCCGAUGCAGCGCCCGCAGACCACAAGAAAGAGCUCAGGGUGUCUCCGGGGUCCCAGCAGAGUCCCAGUCUACUGGAGGACACCAACAGAGCCAACACCACUCUAGAUGAUGUGCUGCAGGGCUUCACAGUGGAGGGGACCAGGAGGAGUGGAGGGGUCACCUCACUGUGAGUGUCAGCUGUUUGAUGAUGAAGGACACCCAGCAGGAGAUCAGCUCCAGUGACGCCUCCAUCACAGCCUCCACC